AUGGCCACCGAGACCAUCUCACAGACGCAGACGCAGACCUGGGCAUCCAUCCCGGCAUGGACGCCAGUCCCCGAAACCCAGCAUGACCUUGACUGGGCCGACCUGGUGACGCUGGAUCUGUCCAAGUUCGACGCGCCAGGUGGAAAAGAGGCGCUGGCAGCUCAGUUGUCCGACGCAGUCAAUCGAAUUGGCUUCUUCUACAUCACCGACUUCGGACUGAGCCAAGCCGAAGUCGACCGGCAGUUCAGCCUGUGUAAGCAGGUAUUCGAGCUGCCGACGGCCGAAAAGAUCAAGUACCGCGCCGACCUCGAGAACGGCGGGUACAACGGCUACAAGCCGCUGGGGCUGCGCGAGAUCAAGGACGGCAUCAAGGACAACACGGAGAUCUACAAUAUCCCCAAGUUCAUCCCGGCCUACGCCCGCGAGCACCCGCCGGUCAUCCGCGAGCACUGGGACGAGAUCCAGCAUUUCGCCCGUCACAUCAACGACCAGAUCGUGCACAAGCUGCUCGUCCUCCUGGCCAUCGUGCUCGAGCUCCCAGAGGACGCGCUGCUGCAGCACCACCGCUACACCGAGAAGAGUGAUUGUCACUUCCGAUACAUGAAGUACCAUCGCCGCUCUCCGGAGACGAAUGCGCGCCUGGACAAUGUGUGGGUUAAAGGGCAUACGGAUUUUGGGAGUUUGACGUUACUAUUCAGACAACCCGUCGCCGCGCUCCAAGUACGCACCCCCUCCGGCGAGUGGAAAUACGUCAAACCACACCCCGGCAGCAUCACAGUCAACAUCGCCGACGCGCUACAAUUCCUGACCAACGGCUUCCUGAAGAGCAGCAUCCACCGCGUCGUCGCCCCGCCGCCCGACCAGGCCGACCUCGACCGCCACGGCGUCCUGUACUUUGUGCGGCCCGAGGACGCCACCGAGCUGGUGCCGAUCCAGAGUCCCGUGCUCGAGAGGCUGGGCUACACCAAGAUCCAGGAUGAGAGCACCGUCGGCUUGACUGCCGGAGAGUGGGUCAAGGCUCGUGUGUCGAGAAAUGUCAGUCGGGUUGGGAGGGACGAGCAGGAAAUCAUCAAGGGGGUCAAGGCGAAGUAUUAUGAUUGA